AUGCCAAACAUAAAGGGAGGGGUUGGUAGCUUCUUGAUGCGCCGCGCUGCACCAAAGAGCAUACGUCAGAAAUAUCAGACAGGCCCACAAUUCUAUAAGCGCAAGUUUUUUCAGUUCCAAAAGGGCCACCACCGCCUGCACCGUCGUAUCAGUGGAGUUCAAACCGGAUCCCCAACACACCAGAGGGAGUACGAGAGGUUCCACCACCUCCCGGGCGAUGUCCGUACGCGACCACAAUUCGACUUUACCUUCGGUGAAACCCGGGCGGACCGGGUGAUGUUCGCGUGGCGAAAGCGGGGGGACCUUCAACUAUACCAAAUGAGCGGCAGAGGUGAAACGUUCGUAUGCUACCGCUGUGGUUAUCCCGUGCGUAGCCAGCUUGUGGCGGUUAAAGCUGACAAUUGGGAUUACCGUAUGUGUUAUCGCUGCUACACAAAUACAGUGCACCGUGGAAUGGAAAACGAUACGUAG